AUAUUCAGAAUCCCAAUGAGCAAAAGUCUGGCCAGAAAAUCUGGAUCAACACAAGAUGAUGCCAGGACCAGAUCAUCAACAAUCAACAAUCUGAAGCCCAAAUCCAGCUUUGCAGUGCUGUGCAAACCUGGAGAUGCAAUACGCCAUCAGACGUUUACUCCCACAAUUCUCCCUCAAAGUGGCAAUCAAUCUGAUUCAACAGGUGGCUACUCCCUUCCUCUGCCGGACAUCAUGCAGAGUGAGGCCUCCAACCCCUACGUGUCCAUACGCCGCCACAAGAGCACCACAGAUCUGCCAUACAGCCCACAGCGUGGGUACUUGCACGGACAGAGAACUAGUAUCUGCGCCCCCACCGAGGCCGAGCUGGCAAAGAUGAGGCGUUGCUCCUUACGUGAUCCAAAUGUUCAUCCAUGUUGCCGCCAUGCUCUUAGUGUUCCCAAUAUGACCAGUCCAAGCGCUAGCCCUCUGUAUAGCACCCCAUCCCGCAGUGCACACUGCACUCCUGUACGAGACGUGGAGUGCAAUGCUAAAGCCCGUAAUAAGCUAAUUGAAAACGAGAGCGCGCAAACUCCCACCUGUCCACCAGAGCUUCGCGAGCAGCGUCGCUACGUCUCAAAAGAUGGGAAAUGUCGAGUAGACUUGGCACACAUGGCAGAAAAGGAGCGUUUUCUGGCGGAUAUCUUCACGUCAUUUGUGGACCUUCAGUAUAGAUGGUUUCUCUUCGUAUUCAUGAUGUGCUACACAGUCACUUGGUUUAUAUUCGCAGGGCUUUACUCACUAAAUGCAUUCCUGCGUGGAGAUCUUGAACAUCCUGCUGAUGCUGACGUGUGCUUCCAAAAUAUAGAUGGAUUUGUAUCAGCGUUGCUCUUUUCAGUGGAAACACAGAGGACUAUUGGUUAUGGCGCGCGUACGGUCUCGCCGUGCUGCUACGAAGGAGUGUUUUUGGUCAUGGCCCAAUGCAUUGUGGGUUCCAUGAUUGACGCUCUAAUGGUGGGCUGCAUGUUUGUUAAAAUUUCACGUCCCAAGAAGCGAGCUGAAACACUUCUUUUUAGUCGGACUUGUGUUGUGGCCAAUCGUGAUGACCGACUUUGCCUUAUGUUUCGUCUUGGUGACUUGCGUGAGAGUCACAUGGUUGACGCCAAAGUACGUGCUAAACUCAUCAAGUCUCGGCAGACAUCAGAAGGAGAAUUUCUCCCACUGGAGCAAUCAGAGAUUGACCUGGGUUAUGAGAGCGGCUCUGACCGACUGUUUCUAGUGGAGCCGCAAGUGAUUCAACACAUUAUUGACUCCAGCAGUCCAUUCUGGGAGGUCGGGCCAGAGCAGCUGCGGAAACAACAGUUUGAGAUCAUUGUCAUCUUGGAGGGCAUUGUGGAAGCUACAGGAAUGAUGUGCCAGGCCAAGACGUCCUACAUCGAGACGGAGAUCGAGUGGGGAGCCCGUUUUGAGCCGUGUAUGACUCUGGAGAAGGGCUCGUUCCGGGUGGACCUGCGGCGUUUCCACAGCACAUAUCCAGUCCCGCUACCGCCGUGCAGCGCUCUGGACACGCAUCACCUGCUGGAGCUCCAGGACUCUCUGAAAGACUGCAUCAACUGGAAACUGGGGGGCGAUGAUCAAGAAAACGACACCGUUAAACCAUCUGGAGCCUGUACUUUUACUAUACAUGAGAUCCAGGAGGAGCGAGUUUCAGAAGUCAACGAAUGUGAUUCUCUUUAGUUCUUUAUGAGUUAAGUUACACUGAUCAGCAGCACAUUCUCAUAGGCUAUACGUUUACAUUGAAAACAUUUACAAAGAACUGAAGACAGACCGAAUCAAUUUAUUCAUCCAUUCAUUUCAUUG